GCAGAACCAGGGCUUCGCUGGAAAUCAUAUUUAUCUUUUUGAUCCAAUGUGCAUUUAAAAAUUCAUUUUGUUAUACAGAAACAAACAAAUAUAAAUCAUAUUUGGUUAGUUGAAUUGAUAUAUUUCAACUAGACUGUGCAAUAUUAUUCUUUACAGCACUUAAAAUAGUUCUUAUAGUAUGAAAUUCACUGUUAACUGGCUUCUACUACCGAUGGCUUUGAAUUUGUGUACUUGCGGGGGUAGGACGGAAUGUGUAAAACGAUCCAAAUUAGCUGUGAUUGCAAAUUUACAAACAAAAAGGUGUGAGAAUAAUGUCAAUGAUUUUUUUUAUACCCAAGAUGCAGAUAAUAAUUUGCCUCACAAGUAUAACUUCGAUUAUAAAGGAUUAACAAUUGAAAUUUUGUUUCUGGACACUUGUGGAACUAAUCAAGAAACCUUGAAAGCUAUUUUUAAAACAAUUAUGUGGGCUAAUAUUGACUGUUUAUAUCCACCUUAUUUUUUGGGUUUGAUUGGACCUGAGAAACAGGAUAACUUAAAUGUAUCUCAAAAAAUAACAUCUGCAUUAGAAAUACCACAUAUUGUACCCAUUCACUCAUCAACUGUGAAUACGCACCAAAUAUUGCCAUUGUUGGAUCCUUUAAUUAUAAAGGGUCUUUUUAAACUAAUAGGUAUAUUUGGAUGGACAUCUUUCUUUAUGCAGAGCAAUUCAGAAAAUGACUUAAUAAAUAAAAUAGUUCAUCAAUUUACUAUAGAGGCAUCUUCAAAAAAAUACUGCUUACUAACCAACAAAGAUUCAGCUGUGCAUUUUAUAUUUCUAGGUACACCGAACAAAAAUUUUUUCAAUGACGUACAUAAUUCUACAAUAAUUUUUGUUAGUGAUAAAAACUUAGAUAGAUAUAUGACAAAUUAUAAUUCAACAAACACCUUUCUCAUCUUAGAUAAUUUAAUGGAAGACAAUGAUUUAAAAAGCGAGGAAUAUCAAUUGGUGCUGAAAAAAAAGAUGCCGAUGUUAAAUAAAAAAGAUAAACUUUUUUUUGUAACAGAUGCAAUAAAGAUAUAUGUGAAUGCGAUUAAUUCUCUAUGUGAAAGUAAUAAUUGUUACAUCAAUAAGGAUUUGAAACAGUGGAAUGAAAUAAUUUUGGAUAAAAUAACCUCAAAAAAUCACAAUGAAGAAAUAAAAAAAACAUUUUUCACAUACAAAUUAAAAAGCAGGUUUGGACAAAUGCAAUCUAUGGGUAAAAUAAUGCAUUUGAAUAACGACGUAGAAAUAUAUUGGAAUAAUCACUUAUUGAACCCAUCAAUAAUUCCAAAUCAAAUCUUAGUACUAAAUGAUUUUAAGGACUUCUUUAUCACUUCUAAGACAAAAAAUAAUUGUGCACAAAAUAUAAUAAAUUUCAAUGAAAUAAAUAAAGUCAAGGAAAGUAAUAUACCUACAACAGUUAUAAUUUCAGAGCUAACUGAAUCUGAAUGGUGGACGAUGGUGGGAACAGUUGCUGGAGUCGGAAUUGCAAUGUUUGCAGUUGGAUUCAUUGCUGUUUACAUAAUUUACACUAAUAUUCGUGGGCCUACAAUUGCUAAAGGAAGUGGAAGAGAGGAUCUAGAUCGGGAUUCAAGUUUGCGAAGAGUUGGAAGUGAUCGGCAACCUUCAUCCAAUACGGGGAGAAGUUCACGAGUAAUACGUGGUCUUCAAAGACGUGAUAGUAGAAGCAGUAUAAGAAGCAACAUUUCAGACAAAAGUGUAUAGAAUGAUUCGGAAUGAAUAGCAUCAAUUAUACAAAAAAUUUGUCAAUAUUGAAUCAGUUAAAAUGUA